CCUGUGUCAGCAUGCAGAUAGGCCACCUGUAGAUUAUUAAUGUCCCCGCUGUCACACAAUGCGUAUCCAGGGCACAGCCACAGUAAAGUGAAGCAAGGACGCGACACUGAGCAGGAAACUCUCACUUUAACCACUUCCUAACUGCUGACAUCUGCCCCAGGCAAGACAAUGACUGCCAGCGGCGUAACCGUGCCCCACCGGCACGGUGCUAGCAUAACCCAUGGUAUACUGCAGGAGCAGGGCCCUGCGCUCUGAGCAUCCCGGCCUGGAGAGGAACGAGGCAGGUGAUGAGGAAAGCAAACAGUUCUGUGCCCCCGGGCAUGUGACAUAUGAUGACGAUGGAGGACAGGCAGGUGUAUGUGGUCACCGGGGGCUGCGGGUUCCUGGGUUCUCACCUGGUCCAGAUGUUGGUGGAGCGUGCCAGCAACCUGUCGGAGAUUAGAGUGUUUGACCUCCACCUGGACACGAGCCUGGAGAGCCUCAGCACAGGCAGAGUAAAAGUCAGACUGAUUGGCGGAGAUAUCUCCCAGCUGGAUGACGUCCGGACAGCCCUACGCGGGAGCCAUGUCGUCAUACACACUGCCAGCCUGGUGGACGUCUGGGGCAAAGUGCCGGCUUCCAAAGUCACCCAGGUCAACGUAACGGGGACGGAGAACGUGCUGAGAGUAUGCGAGGAGGAAGGAAUAGAGUACCUGGUUUACACCAGCAGUAUGGAAGUUAUAGGUCCAAAUAUACAUGGAGACCCGUUCUACAGGGGUAAUGAAGAGACAGAAUACACUGUAUACCACAAUCAGGCGUAUCCACUCAGCAAAGCCAAAGCUGAGAAGAUUGUGCUGGAAGCCAAUGGCAGGAAGAUUAAGGACGGGAAGUUCCUUCAUACCUGUGCCCUGCGGCCCACUGGGAUUUACGGCGAAGGUCAUCAGCUCAUGAGGAUGUUCUAUAACCAGGGGCUCCGGACAGGACGUCGGGUAUUCAGAAUGAUCAAGCCAUCAACGGAACAUGGCAGAGUGUAUGUCGGUAAUGUAGCGUGGAUGCAUCUCCUUGCUGCCCGACAGCUGCAGGACAGUCCGUCCACAUUGGGUGGUCAGGUGUACUUCUGCUACGACCACUCUCCAUAUAAGAGCUACGAGGAUUUCAAUAUGGAAUUCCUGUCGGCCUGUGGGUUUCGGAUGAUAGGGUCCCGCCCGCUGGUGCCUUACUUCCUGCUCUACCUGCUGGCUCUGUUUAAUGUACUUCUGCAGUGGCUUUUCCACCCUUUCUGCACCUACGCCCCUAUCCUCAACCCAUACACUCUGGCUGUGGGCAGCACUACGUUCACUGUGCAGACGGACAAAGCCGAAAAGCACUUUGGCUACACGCCAUUAUUCAGCUGGGAGGAGAGCAAGCGCCGCACGGCCACCUGGGUGAAGAGCUUUGAAGAGAUGAACAAGGACCAAUAAGGAGAUUAGCAAAUUGACGUACACCCGCUACCUUAAGGAGGAGGUAACCUCAGAGGAUCUGAAGAGCAAGGAUCAAGAGUUACUGGAUUGAAGGGAGCAAUAAACUUUCUUUUUUUUGUGGCACAUGAAGAUCACAAAGACAGUCAAGAUCCUCUAUUACCAGGGACCAACCAGCCCGCAGAGCUCAACACGCCAGGUACACGGAACCUCUAUGACUGGCUGGAGACGCCAUAGACUCCAAGGAUCCCAGAGGCUACAAUCCAUCUCACAUACACAUGAUCCUCUAUUAUUUAUUUGAAUGGACCACAAAACUGGUAUCAAAUACCUACUAAUAACCACAAAAACAUUCUCAGUGAUUAGUAAUCAUUGGUCUAUAUCACUGUAGGUGGUACUCUAUUGACCAUCAUUACCCUUCCCCUAAGCAGUGCAGUGUAGCACAGGAUAAUACAUUUCACAACAAGAUUUAUACCAAUGAAACACAUUACAAGGUUCAAUGAUAUUUAAAUUGCAAAUGAACCCCCCCCCCCCCCCUCCCAAAGAGACAAACACACAAUACUUUGAACUUUGUAGAAAAACUCUGCUUUCUAGUGGUCGGAAACUGAAUAAGCUGCUAGUAUAUAUAAUUGCACAUGAAAAGGUUUACAUGCAUUUUUAUAGUAAAAUGUAUAAUGUUAUUUAAAUAUAUAAUGAAAUGUAUAAUGUGUAGUCUUGUUGGGGACAGUAGGCGAUAGGAAUGUGACAGUGUGCGUCCUCCGGGGCUCACCACUAGUGUGGGGCACGUAGUGACCGCAUAGUAGCAUUCUGCAAGGACGUCUAAUGGCAGGAGACACAGCUCCCAUCUAUACCUCUAUUAUGUCUACAUUGAUAGUACAAUCUCCUAGCACACAUGCAGGGAACAUGUAGACGCGAGCACGGGAAACAUGUAGGCGCAAGCAAAGGGAACAUAUAGGCGCGAGCAGGGGGAACAUGUAGGCGCAAGCAAAGGGAACAUGUAGGCACGAGCACGGGGAACAUGAGGGCAUGAGCACGGGGAACAUGAAGGCACAAGUAUGGGAAACAUGUAGGCACAAGCACGGGGAACAUGUAGGCUCGAGUAUGGGGUACAUGUAGGCGCGAGCACGAGGUACAUGUAGGCGCGAGCACGGGGAACAUUUAGGCGCAAGCACAGAGAACAUGAAGGCAUGAGCAUGGGGAACAUGUAGACACGAGCACGGUUAACAUGUGGGCACGAGCACGGGGAACAUGAAGGCGCGAGCACGGGGAACAUGUAGGCGCGAGCACAGGAAACAUGUAGGCGCGAGCACGGGAAACAUGUAGGCGCGAGCACGGGGAACAUGUAGGCGCGAGCACGGGGAACAUGUAGACAUGAGCAAAGGGAACAUGUUGGCGCGAGCACAGGGAACAUGAAGGCGCGAGCACGGGGAACAUGUAGGCACGAGCACGGGGAACAUGAAGGUGCGAGCAUGGGGAACAUGUAGGCACAAGCUAGGGGAACACGAAGGCACAAAAUGGAGAACAAUGUAGGCACAAGAAUGGGGACCACGAAUUCACAAGCAUAGGCGACAAGUAUGGAGAACCUUUCUGCAGAAGAAGGCCCAUUCCCAGCCAGCAGAUGCUCGUUGGACAAGCACUGUCCUAGUCUUCAAACAUUUAGGGCAGCAAUAUCUGGAGAACACAUUAUGGUAUAACUUUUAUUUUCCCUAUGGAGGAAGGCUGGGAUAACAGAUCACUCAGUGAUGGACAUCCUUAUUAAUGACCAGUAUUAAAAAAGAAAACAAAAAGAACAAUAAUCAGAUCUACAGUUUUAUGGACACAUAUACUAGUAGUUGCACUCAAAGCGGCCACAUUUAUUGCUGAAAACACCGUAGCUGCAAUUUCCCCCCUGCAUUCAGAGUACACCAAAUCUAUGUGCACCCAACCUACACCUUCACCCUCAUUAUCAUCAUAGAUAUGACCUGGGUGCAAGACAACAACCUACAUGCCCAUCACAAAUCUACGCUAAGCCACCCAGCUGAGCCCACUUAGCAACAAGUGGCAAACCAUCCAACUUAUGUGCUACCUUGGAAAGCCCGGCAGAGAUGCAUAAGAAUGCCUCUUCCUGUCAUGGUGGUCAUUCCGAGUUGUUCGCUCGCUAGCAGUUUUUAGCAGCCGUGCAAACGCUAUGCCGCCGCCCACUGGGAGUGUAUUUUAGCUUAGCAGAAGUGAGAACGAAAGGAUCGCAGAGCAGCUACAAAGCUUUUUUGUGCAGUUUCAGAGUAGCUCAAAACCUACUCAGCGCUAGAGAUCACUUCAGACUGUUCAGUUCCUGUUUUGAUGUCACAAACUCGCCCUGCGUUCGCCCAGCCACGCCUGCGUUUUUCCGAACACUUCCUGAAAACCGUCAGAUGACACCGAGUAACGCCUACUUCAUGUCAAUCACUCUGCGGCCAGCAGUGCGACAGAAAAGCUUCGCUAGACCCUGUGUGAAACUACAUCGUUCGUUGUAAUAGUACAUCGCGCAUGCGCAGAAGUGCCGUUUUUUUGCCUCAUCGCUGCACAGCGAACGAAUGCAGCUAGCGAUCAACUCGGAAUGACCACCCAUGUGCAGAUGCGUCUGCUUCCAUGCUAGGAGAAGUAGGGUUUUAUUUUGUAGAUAGUAUUAUGCUUUAAAUAUGCAGGAUUAAUAACGACGUGGGUAUUGUCAUGCAUAAGAAACAAACCCUUGCAACUGUUUUUUUGGAUACACUCCCAACUGCGACUAUCAAUGCAGCAAGUUAUCCGCAGUGCAAUAAUUUGUAUUAAUUUAUUUUUAACUAUAAAUGUGAUUAUAUUUUAAUAAAUAAUAUAACAAAUAUU